AUGGCCUUUCAGGACCUCCUGGAUCAUGUAGGAGGCCUAGGGAGAUUCCAGAUCUUUCAGAUGGUUUUCUUUUGUAUCUCCGGCCUCAUAGUGUGCCCUCAUGUUGUAUUGGAGAACUUCACAGCAGCCAUCCCUGGUCAUCACUGCCAGGUUCACGUCCUCAACAAUGACACUGACUCUGCUAAUAGCAGUGGGACCCUCAGCCCUGAUGUCCUCCUGAGAAUCUCCAUCCCGCUGGACUCAAACCUGAGGCCAGAGAAAUGCCGUCGCUUCAUCCACCCCCAGUGGCAGCUCCUUCACCUGAAUGAGACCUUCCCCAACAAUACUGACCUGGACACAGAGCCCUGUGUGGAUGGCUGGGUAUAUGACCAAAGUUCCUUCUCCUCUACCAUUGUGACUGAGUGGGACCUGGUAUGUAAAUCUCAGUCACUGAUUUCAGUGGCUAAAUUCCUAUUCAUGACUGGAAUGCUGGUGGGAGGCAUCAUAUAUGGCCACUUAUCAGAUAGGUUUGGGAGGAAGUUUAUAAUUAGAUUGUGUUUCCUCCAGCUUGGCAUUGCUGACAGCUUUACAGUCCUUGCUCCCAGUUUCCUCAUUUACUGCUCACUACGCUUCUUGGCUGGACUGUCCGCUGCGAAUCUCCUGACAAAUAGCCACAUGCUCAUGCUGGAAUGGACAGUGCCCCGAUUCCAGACAAUUGCAAUAGCACUUACCAUGGCUGCCACUAGUCUGGGACAGACAACCUUUGGAGGCCUGGCUUAUGCCUUCCGAGACUGGCACACUCUCCAGCUGGUGGUGUCCGUACCACUCUUUGUCUUAUUUCUGGCUUCAAGGUGGCUGGUAGAAUCUGCUCGGUGGCUGAUUAUUAUAAACAAACCCAAGGAAGGCUUAAAAGAACUUAGAAAAGCUGCUCACAGGAAUGGAAGGAAGAAUGCUGAAAACACCCUAACCAUGGAGGUCGUGAGAUCCGCCAUGCAGGAGGAGCUGGAGGCAGCACAGACCAAACCUUCUGUGCUUGACUUGUUCCGCACACCCAACCUGCGUAAAAGGAUCUGUCUCCUGUCCUUUGUGAGAUUUGCAAGCAUGCUGACCCAUUUUGGCCUGAUUCUCCACCUCCAGCACCUGGGGAACAAUAUUUUCAUGCUCCAGAUUCUCUUUGGCAUAGUCACUGUCCCAGCCAAUUAUGUUGCAUUUUUGGCCCUGAAUCACCUGGGCCGCCGAAUAAGCCAGGUGCUUUUCUUAUUCCUGCUGGCAGUCUCCAUUCCAGCCAUCAUAUCUGUGUCUCAAGAAAUGCAGACCCUGCGUAUGGUUUUGGCAACUUUGGCAGUAGGAGUUUCUUAUGCCAUUUUCACCAGUACUUUUUCCCAUGGAACUGAACUAAUUCCUACUGUAUUCAGGGUAACAGCUACGGGAAUCAUGGGAAUUGCUACUAAUACUGGGGCAGCACUGGCUCCUCUCUUGAUGAUCCUAAUGGUGUAUUCUCCCCACCUGCCCUGGAUCAUCUACGGAGUCUUCCCCAUCCUCGCUGGUCUUCUUGUCCCACUCCUUCCUGAAACCAGGAAUAAGCCUCUGCCUGACUCCAUCCAGGAUGUGGAAAAUGAGAGAAAAAGUUCAAGAAAAGAAAAGCAGGAAGAUGCCUUCAUGAAAGUUACACAGUUUUAAGGAAUUGCAUUAACUAACUGCUGAUUCAAGGGCAUAAUAAAAGAAAAAAAACUGAGAUAAUGCUUAGAUG